AUGCGGUCUUUAUCCGUCCUGCCGGUGCUCUCAACACUUGUCCUACUUCUCAAUUACUCGCUUCACACAGCCGCAACCCCGCUCGCGUUGGUAGCGAAUGCAACGGAAGAAAACAGACUUGAGAAGCGCUGUGCAAAUCCUUGCGGCUACAACGACUGGCUUUGCUGUGAGACCGGUCAGACGUGCAGUACCAACAGUGCCAAAGAGGCCGUCUGUUCAGAUGGCGGUGGCGAUGGCAGCGGAGAUUGGGAAUAUUACACAACAACAUAUGUGCUCACCAAUACCGACCUAACAACUAUUACCUCCGUCUGGAGCAGCCAGGUUGCCGCAGCCACAAGCACGGGCACAUGCAGAUUCGACCUCGGUGAGACAAAGUGCGGCUCUACUUGUUGUGAUGCCACGCAAGAAUGCGCCUGGAAUAAGGCUGGCGAUGCGGGCCAGUGUGUCGCUGAGAGUUCUUCAUUUGUUGCGACUGCGACAGCAACGGACGCAGGGUCAGAGGCCACGCCGGGAGUGCGAGUGACGAGUAAUGGGGCAAGCACCGUAACUGCAACCUCAGCCCCAACCACAACGGAGGGAUUCACAGCUCCGGUCGGAACGAACGGGGCAGAGUUGAUAGGGGUUAAAGCCACAGACAGCAGCGGACUAAGUGGUGGCGCCAUCGCAGGAAUCGUUAUUGGCAGUAUCGUUGGUGCGUUCUUGCUGCUACUCCUCUGUGCCUGUCUCUGCUGCAAGGGUAUCUUGGAAGGCCUGUUUGCAGCACUGGGAAUUGGCAAGAAGCGACGCAGACAAGACACAACUUAUAUUGAAGAGCACCAUUCUCACCACUCGCAUGGCAAUCGACCCCCUCCCCCUCCUCCUGCCGGCCGGCGAACAUGGUUCGGCUCCAGACCAGCCGCCGGAGGCAGUGAGGUUAGCGAGAAGAAAGAGUCCAAAUGGGGCUUGGGUACAAUUGCCAUCAUUCUCGGUGCUCUUGCUCUGUGUUUGGGAUUGAAGAGGAAGAGAGAUAGAGAGCACGAUGACAGCAAGACAGAGUCUUCCUACCCAAGUUCAUACUACUACUAUUCCGAUUAUUACUCGGGCACAGGGACCGAAGUUCUGACAGACGAACUAGGGAUACACGGCGGUCACGACGAUCGCGCACUCGCUCUGAUCGUCCAUGAUAUCUAA